GAGACAUACAGCGAAUGCAAAAAAACAUGCCAGAAAGGAUGUAGAAAAGAAUAAAUAUUUAGGCGAAUGGAUGGCAAGACAACAAGGCAGAAUAAAUAAAGCACGGAGAGAGCCAGAGGAGAAGGAGGAUGAACCAAAAAAAGAAAAGCAAUUUGUAUAAAUAAAAACAGACACAGACAAAGAGACAGAGACAGAGACAGAAGAAGCGACAAAGGCAAAACAAAUAAUACAAAUUGCAAGCGAAAGAAGUCCUUGAAUUUUCAUGUAUAAAGAAAACUGUCUGGCAAUUGACAUGACUAUUUCUUCAAUAUUGCCAAAAACUUUGCCAAACAAACGAAACUUUAAAGUCAAUAAAUGUGGUCUGUGGCUAAAAAUUUAAUUUAGAAAAGUAAUUAAAGACUUGGAACAGGAUGCUAAGAAAGGAAUUCAGUCGAAUGGGAUUAAAAACGAAACGAUUCCUAACUACGAAUAAGUGAUAGAUAGACGAAACGAAUUUAAGAUUUUGUAUAAAGUUUAAAGAACAUAUAAAUCUUAGGAAUUCAAUUUGAUAGAACUAAAGCAUAAAAGGGGGAAAUUUAAACUAAAGAAUAAAAUUUUAAAUAAAUUAUUCAAGGUUUCAUUGGCACUUAAGCUGGUUUCAUGUUUAAAAAAGAAGGAAACGUGAAAAACGUUAAGGUUGAAACUGAAACGAAGUGCGAAAUUAAUUAAAGGGUUAAAAAUAAUAUAAAUCCAUGAAACUAUAUAAAAUUUAUGAUUUUAUAGCUACCAAAAGUUGUAGCCAAUAAUAAUUAUGGAACUAUUAAUUAACCCUCGUUGUACUCGAAACUUAUAAACUGUAAUUAAGGUCUAUAUGUAUGUAUAUGUAUCUGAUAACUUAAGAGUUAAGUUCCGAAAUUGCUUUCUGCAUAAUUUGUAUUGUGAGAAACUGAAAUCAGAGUGAAAGCAAAGUUGCAUCUAUUAAGUUUUAAGAAUUGCACAACUUUUCCCACCUUUCCUUUCCUUUAUUUUCUCUUGUUUUUUUCGCUUGUAAUUUUUCUCGCUGUGUGAUAUACGAAGGUAAUAAAAGUAAAAGUUCUUUGGCAAGGAAGAAACUGACGGUGAAAUGGGGGGUGGGGUAGGGUAUGCAGCCUUAACUUGUUUCAUAUUAAAUGAUGAGAAAUUACGCAACACAACUCUUGCAUGCACACAUCAAUUUAUUUAAAUGCGUUUAUUAAAAAAGUUUCAAAUAUCAAAAAAAUGCUGACAACAAGAUGAAUCAAAACGAAAAAUAUAGCUUCUCUGGGUGAAUGACAAAUUAGAUACUCUUGCUUGAUCGAUCGUUUGUUAUGUUCUCUAUAUGAUAUAGUAAUGUCAAGAGUUUCCUAUAAAGACUUGUCUAUUUGCAAGGAUUAAUAAACCUUCUCCUUAGCGCUGCAAAUCUCUGUGGAAUAUAAUAAUAUCCCAGGGAAGGGUAUAGCACAGCUCAGCCCAUCAGCCAGAUUGACAACAGCAAGAAGAUGAAAGCGAAGAGGGUGAAGCAGCAGCAGCAGGAGGGGUAGGAGAAUAUGGGAAAAGUAAAGCACACAUAAUGGCACUUCAAUAUGUGAGUGUGUGGGGGCAGCGCAGGACAAACCGAGUGUGGGGUAGAGCAGGUUAUGGCAUAUGGGGGGCAGAGCAGCAUGAACACAUUGAAGGGGCUACUACCAUAUACGGUGUGUUGCGGGGACAGGGACUGGGCGGUAGAGGCGACCAACAGCUUGUUAGUGGCUUUGCUGGUCAGUACUUUUAACUAAUGUGUUUUGUGCGACCAUAGAAAAUCUCAAGUACUCAGACAGACACACACACACACACACACACCCACAUGGACACUGGGGCUCUCUUGACAUUCGCUGUUCUGCUGCUCUCAAUUUUUAGGGUGCCAGCCAGACCGCAAAGUGUGUUGUGUGCAUAUGUGAGGGGAAAAAAGAGAGAGAAAAAAAGGGCAGCAGCUCCUUCAGCUUUCCCCCGUUAUGCUGUUGCCUGCAUAAAAUAACCGCAUAAAAUGUCGUUAAGUAUAACGAAAUUGAGUCUGCACAUAAAUUCAGAUUAUGAGAUUAAAAUGUUGUGAUUUUCGCACAUUGGAGCGGCGGGCGAAGGGCGAAAAACCCUUUUCAUAAUGAAAUCCAGACUGGUAGAAGGGUCCGGGUAUCCCUACCCACACACGCACGAACACACACACAUUGAAGCUUAUUGAAAAAUGCGAUGGAAUAAGCAAUAGCCAGAGCCAACGGAUAGCAGCAGUCAAGCCAAUUUAAUGAGUUUACAGCGCCCUUUUUGCCCUUAGGCGAAAUUUUAUGAAAAAACAACAAACAUAGUCGUGGCACAGUGGCAUGAAUAUGAUAAGUUGUUGAUAGAUUGUUGAAAGCAGAGAGCAGAUAAAGGAGCUCUCGCUCUCUGAAAAGCUCUUCUUCGGUAAACUAAGAAAGUGGCUGAGAAGCAGAUAAACAAAGAAGAGCUGUGUUCAUAGCAGCACUGUGAGUUCUUUCUUUAGCACCCUUUAACAAGGAGACUGGCAAAGAGAAGCUGCAAUAAAACAGCGGAUAAGUAGCACAGCAGACGGAGAAUGAAAGCGAUCAGAAGAUCACAAUGGAUCACAGCGAAUCACGAAGACUUUCCCUAGCACAGAAGGCAAUGCUGGGGACACAAUUACAAUUGGAUGAUGUCAAAUAGAAUCGCUUCACAACGAAUCAAGCACCACUGUGCCCCUCUGUGGAAUAAUAAAGAAGUUGCGGUUGUGGCCGGCGAUCAAAGUCAAAUAUUUGGCUUGAAUGUUUACAAAUUUGGGUCAGCUGGUCAUUUAUCCAGCCCAAGCGAAAAUUUCAUGUGAAAUACCCAAAAUAUGGAAGGAAUGCCAUCAGCUGUCCCGUCAUAAUGAUGCUAAUUGUGAGGCCAGCGAGCCACGGCCACGGCCAAAGGAUUAACAUCAUGGAGAGGCAGCCGCGCAUCGAAAAGACCAUGGAACGUGGACAAGAACAAACAGGAGAGCCGGCACAAGGGCCACCGACGACGGUCACAUGACCCAUAAACAGUUUAGUUUGACUUAAUCCGGUUAUGUAUCCGGAUUAGCGGUGCGCGACAAGGUAGAGAGACGGAGAUAAUUUUUUGCGCUCCGUUUGGCUGCUGCUCGGGACUUUACGACACUUUUUAGGUAAUGAAUGGGAUUACAGUUUUUUUUAAUCCACUCACCCUGUGCCCGGUCCAGCUGUAAAAAAUCUAAUGACUCGUAAAAAGUGCACCUCAGGUCAUCCGGCGAUUGAUUGACCUGCGCCCGCACCUCUCAUGAAUGGACGGCAGGUCAGAAAAGGUGCCACCAAAAUGUGUAUAAAUUCAGGAGCCAGCACUGACGUAACCAGCAAACGCACUCAAGCAUUCCAGCAACCAAGAUGUGUCUCGUACAGCAGAAAAACAGCGCACAGCCGGCGGCAUCGCAGCUGCCACAGAAGCCGGAGGCAACAGUGACGCAGCCUCCAUCCUCCCCCACCGCCGCCUAUGUGAUGUUCAAGCACCGCGAGGAGCUGCGCCGCCGCAAUGGGCAGACGGCCCGCGCAUCCAUAACCAAAAUUCACUUGACCAGCGAACUGAUAGCCCGCACCAAGCAGAACAUUCGACAGUGCAGCUACGAGGAUCUGGCCAUCCUGGCCAGAGAGACGAUCUUCCGGAAGAGUCUGCAGCGUCGCCUGCACUACAGACGCAUGGAAAUGGGUUUGAAAAGGCAACUGAAACGCACGAACAGCAAGUGAGGAGGAUGGGCUGUAUGGAGUGGGAAAAGUCUGAUAUAUAGAACAGCACAAGUGAUACCCCAAUAAUUCCUAUCCUAAGAUUGUACAUUUUACCUACAUAAAAUCUAAUUUAUGUUUAAGCUUCAAGCAAUUGUAGAUAUAUUUCAAAAAGCGUAAAUUAAACUUCAAUCAUGAGAAAAAUACCAUUUUCCAAACGUUAUCUGCUUUGAUCCUACAAUUUUCCAUUUAAAUAUUUGAUAACCUUACCAGCACUGACAAUGUAGUUUCUGGGGGCGUGGUGGGGUCCAGGUCCUGCACUUGUAAUGGGUGUAAAAACAAAUUUACACAUGAUUACCAGCCCAAGCUGCAGAACAGAACAGAAUGGAGAACAGAACACUGCCAACAUUUAAUACAACUCAAACAAAAUGGUGCGUUGCAUAAAUUUGAACAGGCGGCACUGCAUUGGGCGGCAGCUUCCCCCCCCC